GUGCUGCCCGCAUCGAGCAGCUUACUCUGUGGCCGUGCAUUCCCCCUACAUUUCUACCUCGAGUUUCUACCUAUACCUAUAUCUUUUCUUUGACCACAACGCGCUGCACAGCUGUCCGUGCGUCGGCGUUUUGUUUGCGGCCUUUCAUUGUGUGUGUGAGUGCUUUAGUGUGUGCGUGUGUGGUACGAGUAUGUAUGUGUGUGUGUAUGCGGGCUGGUGUUCUGUCAACAACCACUAGUUCGAUCUCGUCUCCAUGAAUUUGCUGUGACAAAAUUCACUCAUGGCAUCGAUCAAAGUUCCAAAACAGAAAGUCAUUCUUUGUGGUGAAUUCGGAGUAGGAAAGAGUUCACUUUUUAGGCGUUUUACCAACAAUACUUUCGUCACAGCAAGUGAUAGACAGUCAACUUUGGGUCUUGACCAUUUUGAUAAAGAGUAUAGUGUUGCAGGGCGUCAGUUACGACUCCAACUUUGGGAUACCGGUGGUAUGGAGAGGGUAGCAUCAAUAACAUCAAGUUAUUAUAAAUUUGCGGAAGCAGCUGUAUUAGUUUUCUCCUUGGACAAUGCAGCUUCAUUCCAUGUUCUCAGUCAACAUCUGCUUGACAUUGUCACUUAUGCAGAAAAUGCCAAGAUAUUUUUGUGUGGGAACAAAUCUGACUUGGAGGGAUCCACUCCCCAAGUCACUGAUGCAGAUAUGGAGUCAUUUUGCGAGCAGUGCCAUAAUUUGAUAAGUGCCACUUUUAAGACAUCUUGUAGAUCAGGGGAGGGAGUGCACGAGAUGUUCGAGGACAUUGCACAACAUCUUGUUGAAGCAAAUCGCUCUCGCCUUGAACUCCAAAGCAUUCAUGAUACUGAGUCAUUUAAAGUUCUUCCACCAGAUGAGUCAACGGACCCUCCCUGCUUAUGCUAGUUCUUAUGCAUGCCACAAUCACCCUUCUGUGAUCUUAAUAAUGCUUCAUGUAUUCUGAAGAAAGAGAAAGUUUGGAUACAUCCACAGAAGUUAUGUGAUAACCUAAGCACUGCUUUUGUGAUGAAAAUCCUGCCAUAUUUUCUAGGUUGACACUUAAUGUGACUUAACUUUUUAAACGGGAAACUAGCUUUAAUUCAUUAAUUUUAACGGGUGGUUUGAAAAACAAUUUUUAGGGCAAUUAUUUCUUUUUGUGUUUCUGUGCUUGUCAUUUUUGUCAUUGUUUUUUUACAUUGUGUUAACAUUAACUCUAGUAACCAAUCAGCUUAUGUCAAUAUCUCUGUUUUUGGUCUGUUGUAUUGAUAAUAAUAAUGUAUAAUAUGUUUGUAUGGUGCUUCACUGGUACUAUAGAUUUAACUUAAGAAGACUUACUAAAUAGGCACUGAUCAACCAGCAUAUCAAACUGGUAGAUAAUGUUUGUUGCAUAAGGCAAAUAACAUUGAUGAAUUGUAUCAAACUUUUAGCCUUCAUAUAGGAUGUGCGUUGUUUUUUUUAAAAACUCAUUAAUAUCAUCUCUACUCUGGUCAGGCAGGGUGGUCACAUUCGCUUGAAAAAACCUGGAAGAUUUUAAGAUGGUUAAAUUUUCCUUGGUGUGCAUCAUAAGUUUACUUCUAUUUCCAGAUAAGUGCGAUACUUCUGUCUUAUGCAUUUCAUUGGAUCUGCUUAGGCCUACCAGUUUGUUUACUGUCAAUUAUUAUGUUUCCCCAACUAACUUGUUUUGUCUAUUAAAUGCGUGUUAUAAGUCAAUUAAAUAGAGGAGAGAAGCAUAAUGAUUUUUAAA